AUGAAUUUCCUGAAGUCGGCAGUUGCAUCUGCCAUAGCACAAGGACCGCCAUUUCCAUACAGCUUUGGUGACAGGGUGGAUAUCGACGAGUCCGUCUGGACGCUGAACAAUGGCACCAAGCGGGAAGACGGAUCGAAUUGCAGUAUCUUUUCCUUCGACGUUACCGCGAAUAAGUCUCGACUGCCUUUGGCUAAGAACGCAUUGCGCAAGCUGAGGACUCUGCGCCACCCUGGCGUCAUAAAAGUGUUGGACACAGUGGAGACCGACUCAUACAUCUACAUUGCGACCGAGCGAGUAGUGCCCCUACGGUGGCACGUCAAGAGAAAGAGUCUCACGCCAGAGACGAUAAAAUGGGGCCUAAGCAGCGUUGCGCGCACUGUCAAGUUCAUCAACGAUGAGGCAACCUCAAUUCACGGCAACGUAAGGGUUGGCUCGAUUUACACGUCCGAGAGUGGGGAGUGGAAGAUGAGUGGCUUCGAGGUUCUGAGCAACGUGAAAGAUGACGACGCAGUAAUCUACACAUACGGCAGUUUAGUUCCAGAUUCUGCGAGAUAUGCACCACCAGAGCUCGCCCGUGGCGGUUGGGAUGCCAUCAAGAAGAACCCCCACUCUGCUCUCGACUCGUUUGGUUUCGGCUGCAUGAUAUUCGAGGUUUUCAACGGCGACUAUAUGGGCUCAGAUCAGGCUGGCCAAACCAAGAGCAUUCCGCCAACAAUGCAGCAAAGCUACAAGCGCCUCGUCAACCCGAACCCCAAAGCUCGUGUCAGCGUUGGCCACUUCUUGGAGCAAGGACAACGUAGCGGUUCAUUCUUUGACAGUCCUCUCAUCAAAUUGACCGAGGGUAUUGAAAACCUUGGUGUCAAGUCUGAAACCGAAAGAGAGGAGUUCCUUGAUGAUCUUGACCAAUUAUCCGACGACUUUCCAGAAGACUUCUUUAAAAUGAAAGUUCUUCCAGAAUUAAUAAAAUCAGUCGAGUUUGGCGGUGGAGGCCCCAAAGCUUUCAGCGUCGUCAUGAAAAUCGCGGCUAAACUCUCCAACGAGGAUUUUGAUGCCAAGAUCACUCCUGUUGUCGUUCGGCUCUUCUCCAACCCAGACAGAGCCAUCCGCGUGUGCCUUCUCGACAGCCUGCCGUUAAUGAUCGACCGCCUUCCACAAAAGAUCGUCAACGACAAAAUCUUCCCGCAGCUAGUCACUGGUUUCACGGACGUUGCACCCAUCGUCCGAGAGCAGACUUUGAAAUCGGUUCUUGUUAUCAUCGGCAAGCUGUCUGACCGCACAAUCAACGGUGAUCUGCUCAAGUAUCUCGCUAAAACUGCGAAUGACGAGCAGCCUGGUAUUCGAACAAAUACGACUAUCUGUCUCGGAAAGAUCGCUGGCAAGCUCGGCACUUCCUCUAGGGGCAAGGUCUUAAUCGCCGCUUUCACCAGGUCCCUCAGAGAUCCUUUCGUUCAUGCCCGUAAUGCAUCAUUGUUGGCUCUGGGUGUGACUGGAGAGUACUUUUCCGACGAAGACGUCGCCUUGCGGAUUAUGCCGGUCGUUUGCCCGCUUUUGAUUGACAAGGAGAAGCUGAUUCGCGACCAAGCAAGCAAGACAAUGGAUGUCUACAUGCAGAAGAUCAGGAAAGCUGCCGCCGCCAUGCCCGACACUGCUCUACCGCCACAGGGCGCUGACGGCCCUGCGGCUCCCCGCAUGGGUACGCCGCAACCUAAUGACGCGGCGGCGUCCUCCUGGACUGGUUGGGCCAUCUCAUCAUUCACCAACAAGCUGUCCUCGGCCGCGGGUGAGAUGCAGACCACGGCGGCCUCAGGGACCGCAUCACCAAAGCCGGCCCCAUCUCCUGGCCCGGAGCUUAAGAGACCGACGACUUCAUCGGCUUCUGCCCUGCAUAGGCAAGCGGUCAAGUCGCCACCUCCGAUGUCGCGGACGCCUUCGUCUGUUGUUGCGGACUCAUUUAAUCCCGAGCCUGCGGACGAUGGUGACGCCUGGGGAGACAUGGGCGAUGAUGCCUGGGGAGAACCAAUUGAGAGCUCAAAGCCCGCUGCUAAAUCCACUGCCAGCGCAACGCCGUUCGAUGACGGUGAGCCGGACUUUGCAGGCUGGUUAGCCGCCCAAUCACAGAAGAAGGGCGGAUCGAGCAAGCCUCUGCCAAAGGGUCUGUCCAAGUCGUCGACAUCGACAGCGAAGAAACCCCUCACAGCCAAGCCAGCAGCGAAGCCCAUAGUAGCGAAGAAGAUAGACCUGAAGCCCAAGCAAGAAGACGAAGACGAUGGCUGGGGCGAUGGUUGGUAA